UAAACAUAGAGAACUUGUUUCAGAUGGCUGCAGAAGGUUCUUACCCAUUGGAUCAGCCUUCCUAUCACCACAGAAAGGGUUCUUUUGGGGAUGUGGCCAACACUCCCCAAGAUAUGCCUUUUUCUAAGGAUGCCCAUCUUGCUUCUCAGAAUAAGGCAGUACCUUCUCAAAGGGAAAUUUCUGAGACUGUAGAAAAAGUUCUUCUUCCAUCCAAACCUGCACUGAAUGAUGUAAAGGCUGUAUUACAAAAGCUACUUAGAGAAGCUUGGUUGAGUUAUCCAGUUGGGAGGGAAGUAGUUUCUGGAGAAGUAAAAGCAGAAUUUCCUGAAGGGGCACAGGUAGAAAGUAGCCCCUCAAAUUCUCUGGGAGUUAUCCCAUCACAGACUACAAUGGACAGCCUAGUUCCAGACAGAAAGGAUUUGUGUUCCUUCAGUGUAGUUCCUGAUAAAACUCAUAAAGUUCGAUCUUAUUUAGCUGCCCAAAUGCCUCCAUCAGAACAAACCCUUACCUCUUCUGCAUCUACUGUUGCUCAGUAUGGCAAAGAGUUAUCUCAGGAAGUGACAGAAAUUGUGAGGGAAACAAUUAUUCAGCCUAAAUCAGAGCUCCUUGAAUUCAGUGCUGUCUUAGAAAAACUACUAAAGGAAACAAUGGAAACCCCCUGCUCAAUAUAUGACAGUGAUACAGGGACUCUUUAUUCAUCAAAGUUAAUAGAUAGUACUGAGGUGCCCAGGCAAGCUGCUUCUGAAUUCCAUCCUAAGGAAAUAAAAGAAACAGUAGAAAAGCCUGAGACUCCAUCAAUUACUGGGAGUGCUUUUGAGAUUGGCUUUGAGAAACUCCUUAAAGAAUCAUCUAACGGUCCUUCUUAUCAGCUCCAAGUGUCAGUGAAGGAAGAAACUCCUGAGAAGGAGCCUUCACAGUCAAAGCAGGCCAGGUUCUUGGGGAAAGUGCCCUGUUUUUACUGCACAGCCUCAAAGGCCUCGGAAAUGAAACUUAAGAGUAAUGUUUUCAAAUCUCAAGUCAGUCAACGUGAUAAAGUGUUGGGAAGAGACAAAGCUGUGACUGACUUACGAUGAAUAGAUCUCUGUGGUUUUGAAAGUGGGGUUGAGAUCCCUGGAACCUCACAACUUUCUGUGGACCAUGAAAUAGGGACCACUGAAACUAUAAAACCCCCAGAGGACAGGAAUUAUGAAAGUGAGGUUGCAGUAGUUCGAGAAGGGGCUUUUCAGGAGCUUGGUUUCAAAGAGGCUCCUGAAGCAAUUAACGUGCCCAGAAAUAGGCAACCCAUUCCUCUCCUGACAAACAAAGAAAGCUCUACAAAAAUAAGUAAAGUUGAAUUGAUUCUGGCAUCACCAUAUAAGAGACAAGAGAAAAAGGAAGAAAAAGAAGGUUUCUCUGACUCUGAUUUUUCAGAUGGAAACAUCAUUUCUAAGGCAGAAAGCUGCAGAAAUACCUCCAGUGAGCAUUUUGAAGUUUUUAACUGAUUGGUUAAUGAGUUGAUUUAUGUAAUGCUGACAUAAAGGAUGGUGUAGUUUUUAGAAUUGGGAUUAAUUUGACAAUCCCAAACAGUACUAAAUUCUUCUUUGUACUUCAGU